AAUUCAUACACAAACACUCUCCUCUCUCUCUCUCUGCCUUCUCUCUUCUAUUUAUUUCCUCCUUCCCUCUGGUCCAUCAGAUACAAACAGAGACUCCAUCCACGAUGGCCGGAGGAGGAGGAGAGCUCACGUCGGCUUUGCUAAAAAAGACGGCGGCAAACGGCGGAGAAGAAGAGGAUGAGUUAGGGUUGAAGCAAAAGGUUUGGAUUGAAUCAAAGAAGCUAUGGGUUGUGGCGGCGCCGGCGAUCUUCACGAGAUUCUCAACGUUCGGAGUUUCAAUAAUAAGUCAAUCUUUCAUCGGCCAUCUUGGUCCUAUAGAGUUGGCCGCUUACUCUAUCACCUUCACCGUUCUCCUCCGGUUUAGUAAUGGUAUCUUGUUAGGUAUGGCCAGUGCAUUGGAAACACUAUGUGGUCAAGCCUACGGAGCUAAACAAAAUCAUAUGCUCGGGAUCUACCUCCAAAGGUCAUGGAUCGUCCUCACAGGUUGUACCAUUUGCCUCACGCCCGUCUAUAUCUUUUCAGGCCCUAUCCUCUUAGCCUUAGGUCAAGAGGAACGCAUUGUCCGUGUGGCUCGGAUCAUAGCCCUAUGGGUCAUAGGCAUCAACUUCUCUUUUGUGCCUUCCUUCACUUGCCAAAUGUUCCUCCAAGCUCAGAGCAAGAACAAGAUCAUUGCCUACGUGGCUGCUGUCUCCUUAGGGGUCCAUGUCUUCUUGUCGUGGCUACUAAUGGUUCAUUUCAAUUUCGGGAUCACUGGUGCUAUGACCUCUACUCUAGUUGCGUUCUGGUUGCCUAACAUUGCGCAACUCUUGUUUGUCACGUGCGGUGGGUGUAAGGACACAUGGAGAGGAUUCACUAUGUUGGCCUUCAAAGAUUUAUGGCCUGUCUUCAAACUAUCUAUGUCUUCCGGUGGAAUGCUUUGCUUGGAACUAUGGUACAACUCGAUCUUGGUUCUGCUCACUGGAAAUUUGAAAAACGCAGAAGUGGCUCUUGAUGCACUAGCAAUCUGCCUCAACAUAAAUGGAUUGGAGAUGAUGAUAGCACUUGGGUUUUUGGCAGCUGCAAGUGUAAGAGUCUCCAACGAACUCGGUAGUGGAAACCCAAAAGGAGCCAAGUUUGCAACACUGACAGCGGUUUUCACAUCACUCUCUAUAGGAAUAGUUCUAUUUUUCCUCUUCUUGUUUCUAAGAGGAAGAGUUUCCUACAUUUUCACUACAAGUGAAGCUGUCGCAGCCGAAGUUGCUGAUCUUUCUCCACUUUUAGCCUUUUCCAUCCUCAUGAAUAGUGUUCAACCCGUUCUCUCUGGAGUUGCGGUCGGAGCGGGAUGGCAAGGAUAUGUUACUUACGUUAACCUUGCUUGCUAUUACCUAGUCGGAAUUCCAAUUGGUAUUAUCCUUGGUUACGUCUUUGGUUUGCAAGUCAAAACUUGUGUGCUUACCGUCAUGACUCUGCGAACAGAUUGGGAUCAACAGGUGUCUACUUCGUUGAGACGUUUAAACCGGUGGGUUGUACCAGAAUCUAGAGACGUAAACCAAGUACCAUCAGAGGAAUAGUUAAUUUCGAUUAUGAAAAUUGUCAUAAGCAUCACCAGUAUAUUUUAUUCUUAAAAGAUAAAUGUAACUUUUUAGGCUCUGUUCUAAAGGUUGUGAAGACAAGAAUAUGACAAGUUUGAGUCGAUUUGAUGUCCUCGCAGCUAACUUUGUAAUAAGAUCCUAUUUUUUUA